AUGCGAGAUGACGAUGGCCUUUCCCACGUGGAGGCAAUUCCUCGCAUCUCCACGCCCAUGGCAAGCAGGACUGGAUCCGGCGCUGUGCUUCUAAACAGCGAAGCCAUGGCCGUGGGCGGUCCCAGCCCAGGUGUUGUGGAGUGGUUGCACCACCAGGCAAUAUGCCAAAGCUUGGCAGAUGAGGGAACGCAGGAUAUGCAGGCUUCGUUUGCUUUCGUGCAAGCACGAGAAGAACUCCUGGCCUGGUGGUGUCGGCGUGCUUGGGAGGACAGAAGAAUCAAGGAGGCAGCCGAGGCCGUGAAGCGGCGAACCGGCUUGGAGCGCGCCGUGGCAUUGUCCUCGUACUGCCGAUUCGCCGUUACAGCGAAGAAAGCAGCACAGCAGGCCUGUCAAGUCUCCGGCGGGCAGCAAGAUUUGCUCCGCGCGUGGCAACGCUGUCGACAAAGCCGAGCAUGGCCUGCAGAGGCUGCAAAACGUUCCUUUGAGGACGCGGCACAAGAUGCGGUAUCUCUUCGGGAGGAUUGUUGUGGUGAUGUCCGCUGCUUAGCUUAUUUUCGGGAGCUGCGGGGCGGAUCGUCCCAGAGGCCAUGA